AUGAUUGAAGAACAAAGUACCACGAUCCAAAUUUGUGAAGCUGAUAUCAGCCAUGAGCAAAUGAAAGCAUCAUUUGAUAUUUUUGUUUCUACAUUUAGACAAAUCGAUAAUCCUCAUAUGAAAUAUAUGUUAAUAGAACAAAUUAUUUCCUCAUUGACUAUUACAUCAGAUGAAUCUAAAAGAAUUGCAGAGUCUGAAUUGAUCACACACGAACUUUUUGUUAUUUUACGUGACUAUGUAAUUGUCGAUCAACUUCGUCGAGAACCAACAGAAAAGACUAAUGGUACACAAAAGGUUUUGCUGAAUGUUUCAUUGUUCUUCAUGAAUUUGUGCUCUAGUAUCAAUGAAACUAAUUUUACUGCAUUUAAACGUUUAUUUUUUCAAAAACCAUUAAUCGACGAACUUGCAAAUUGUCUUCAUGAAAUAAUUACAUAUGGCAAAUACUUAAAUGAUCGUUUACAUUUGCGUUCGGUUAGCUCCUUACUAAUAGCACUGAAGAAAAUUCGGAAAUAUCAUCUUACGACAAUUGAGUAUUCACUAAUUACACCAAUACUUUUGGCUGCUACUGAAUGUUUGUGCUCAUCGUAUGCUGUUGACAUAAUCAAAAGUUUGAAACGGAAUUUCGUUCAACAACUAGAUGAAGUUCAAAUGCUAUUUCUUCAUGCUAUACCAUUCUAUUUAAAAUGGUACUGGGAUAAUUGUGAUCCUGAAAGUUUUAUCAAAAUUUUACGGAUGUUAGUGAAUGAAUAUACGGCGUGGUUUACAAGUUGUCAACCAGAUUCCUAUCUUCAACGUUCUUCUGAAAUUGAUGGUAUGAUCCGUCAUCUAAAUUAUAUUCUCAUUCGUCCAACUGAAUUUGAUAGUCUGAACAUUUUUAGUGAAGAAUUUUAUCAGGACUAUUGUAAAUUAGUUUGGCAUUGGUCAUUGAUUUUGUCAUCAAUCUUAGCAUGCUCUACCUGCACAACGAAUGUCAAAUCAGCAGCACGAACCAGUGUUCAAAUAUUCUAUAAUUUCACAUUACAUUCAAACGUACUCAAUUUUAUGAAAACUAUACCGAAUUUGAUUUCAAUGCUUCUGAAAGUAACUGAUCUUGAUCAUGAUGAAAUGCAAUUGAAUGCAUAUCGCUGUUUGGGCAAAAUUAUGAUCGAAGCAGAUAUUAAAACUAUGACGAAGCCGAGUAAAAUUGCGGCCGUACACAUUGAAUUUCUGAAAGAUACUAUUAAUGAGUGGAAACAAUCAGAAAGAUUUUAUAGUCUAUUAGAAAGUUUGAAAAGUAAGUUUGUAUCUAUUGUAUUUUUUCUGAUAAGAUCGAGCAUAGAUUAA